AUGGAUUGGGUAUUGUGUUCAUUUCACGAAAAAGAGCCAUUGGAAGCAAUCUUUGCUAAUGGGUCGUGGUUUGUUAGAGGACAGAUCAUUGGGGUACACAGAUGGUCGCUGAAUUUCUCUCUGACGUCCUUAAAAGGUUUGACAUCUCCUGUUUGGAUCAGGAUGCCAAAUCUUCCUUUACAAUGCUGGGAUGAACUGAAUGUCUGCAGAAUUGCAUCCUUGGUUGGGAAGCCUCUCCUCAUUGAUGGGAACAAGUUUCAGUGGGGAAGACAAGAAAUUGGAAGGGUUUGUGUGCGCAUUAAGCUAGAUGAACAACUCCCUCUUAGAGUUUGGGUGGAAGGAAGCACAGGAAAAUUUCUUCAGAAGAUAGAGUACGAAAGGAUUCCGAAUUUCUAUUUUGAAUGUGGGAAAAUUGGUCACCUCAAAAAAGACUGUUUGAACAGUAAAAUUAAUUCUAGCCCGGCUGAAGAUUUAGUAAAGAAUAAAUCUGUGGAAUUGAACACUAAAGCUAAUUUCAAAGAAGUGGGAGAAGAAGUGCCUUUAGCUCAAGCUGAUCCUGAUUUGUCUGAUGGGCAUUAUGAACUCAGUAAAAGCAGUGAAAUUCAAGGAGCUGAUCCGAAAGUGCAGCUGGAGGUUCUGAUCAAAGAGCAGGAAUCUAAAAGCAAAUCUGGUAUGGAGCCUAUAACUCGUUCUUCUGCUGUAACUGAAAAUAAGUUUGAUGUAUUAAAUAGCCUGUUAGAAGAAGGGGAAAUUAUUAUUCCUGAUGAAGUUAAUGAGCAUUCUGUGGUUGAGAAGGAAGAUUUGGCAGUCAGUAUUGUUAAGAGGGAUAAAGAUACUUCCAAAGAAGAAUCAGGUGAUAUUGUAGAAGCUACUUCAAAGAAAAAAGGUACCAAACAACUUAAAGGUUCGGGGCCUAUAAAUUUGGCUCCUAGGAGUAGGAGGUUGGAUGGGGAUAUUUCCAAUAAUGUCAUCAAUUGCAUUUUGGAACUGUAG